AUGGCCACCUGCUGCCAGCGCGACGCGGAGGACGCCGCUCGGGCCCGAGCCAUCGUCGCGCAAUUCAACCAGUGGGAGGCCGAGCUCCAGGGCCAGCGGCACCGCCAGCAGGCCGUCGUGCCGCCGCCCCGCGUGGGCCCCGACCAGGACGCAGAUGUCCACGACGAAGACUCGGACUUUGGCUCCGACACCGACCCGAACAUGGCGCACGAGGCCGCGCGGCUGCGCGACGCCCGCAUGCAAGAGCUGCGCACGGCCGCCGCCCGCGGCGCCGCCCAGCCCGCCGCGGCAGUGGAGCUCGCGACGCUGCCUGAGUCGGACGCGCUGACGGUGCUCAAAGACACCCCCCUCGCGGUCGUGCACGUGACGGACCGGCCGCAGUCGGCGCAGUGCCAGGAGCUCGACGAGGUCUUGGCGGGCUUCGCGCGAGCGCAGGCGGACCUCGGCCCGGACGAGCUUCCCCGCGCCCAGCUCGCGCGGUUUCUGCGGCUCCCGAUCUCGCGCGGGUCCCCGCUCGCGCUGCGUCUGUGCUCAGGGUUGGUGCCAGCGGUCGCGUGCCUGCGCGGCGGCACGGUCGUGGGCUGCACGCCGAUCGAGGCGUUCGGCCCCGAGGUGGACGAGGAUGCCGUCGGAUCGUUCCUGCUCGCGUGCCGCGUGCUGCCAGCCGGCACCGCGCCGAAACGCGCACACCCGCAGACUCCGGCUGCGCGGCGGACGUCCGAGGGCGGGAGCGGUGGCGGGGGUGGAGCGUGA